UAUCGGUACUACCAAAGACCUUGUGUGUCUACUGUAUAAUAAGUUAACUUCUACUUUCUGUGGUCUGUCUACAUUAACACAGUCAUUAUCCAUUAUCAUCUGUAAUUUAUCCAUAAAUACACAAAAAUAUCACUGAUUGCCAAAACACAGAAAAUAAAUACAGAAGAGAGCUGUAGAAGACAAUACUGCUAAACAUAUUCCACAAUACAGCAUCCAAAUAACAUAAAAGCACAUUAAGAGUGAAUAAAAAGGCUUAUUGCAUGUGAUGAGAAGCUUUACAUUUUAAGGCUCUAUCUGUCUAUCUAUAUAAUAAAUAUAAUGAGCUAAAUGUAUAAAAACAACACUGUCAUUUUAAAACAAAUCAUAUGCCACGUCAUACUUAAAUAAAUAUGUAAAAUAUUUACGAUGGUAGCAAAAUGUUGCACGAGGUUUGGAUAAUGGAAUUCUUGUUUGUGUUAUUAACAGUGUUUGUAUUUUGAGGGACUGAAAUGUCAUACCUCUGGUACUGGACGGAAGGACGUCUGCAGCUACAUGUGACAGGACAUACUGCUCUAUUUAUAACAGCCAAGCAAAGGGCCCAGUCUGACAUAUGCAAGGACAGAUGGACAUCAUAACUGAAAUGUCCCUGCAGGAAACAGCACUGACACCUUCAAACUGGAUGAUUUGUCCUUCUGCAACAGAUUGAAGAGCAUGUUAGGGAUCAGAAUGGAUGAUUUAGAUCACAGCAUUCACAUUGCAGAGUAUGACUGGACUAUUUUCUACGAGGAGAGCGAGGAGUGCUGUGUGCUGCAGCCUCAGCUCGCCUGCCCUGAUGACUGGAGCCUCAGCGAUUCGGAGGAUUCAGGAAAGUUUAGCUCGGCCCAGCAGGAGAUGCAGCAGAGCACCGAUGCAGCUGAAACAAACGCUGUGGGAGGACGCUGCACUGAAGAGGAGAGCUGCACAGGUUGUAUAAAGCUGUCAGUGCAGCUUCACCAAAGUGAUGCGAGAGGACAAGUGGGUGAUGCUGCAACAACAGCUGAGGAAUCUGAAGUGUGUAUCGACUGCCCCGGAGGAAAUCCCAUCAACACAGGAGUGGUACACAUGAAAACUGCAGAGGAGACAAGUGACAGUGUUGCAAACACGCUGCUAAAUGUGGAGAGUUCAGGAGAAUCUGAAGAACUGACAAAAGAUGUGCAAACAGAGAGUAACACAAAAUCCACAGAGGAGCCUGACCCACUUUCUUGCAACCAGACAGGACUAAAUGUGAAUGAGCUGCACACUGCACAGGCAGGUGUGAGUGAGGAUGUCUGCAGAGUUGCUUCAAAAGCAGAGAAGGAACGCUGGUUUGUGACAGUGAAUGACAGUCCUGCACGACAGCGAGCGCGUGCCACGUCUGUGAAAAAAAAACGAAAGCAAAAAAAACCUUGUGAGGGAAGUGUUGUGUGCAGCCCUGGAGAGAAGAGUGAGGAGAACUCACUGGGAAACGGGUCAGAGUUAGAGAUAAGUGAAGAUAAAAGCAAAUCACAGGGAGGUGGGGAUAUGCAAUCAAAUUCAGGGCAUCCAAAGGUUGAAACAAACACUGAAAGUGUUUCAGAUUUAUCACAAAUGCCUUGUGAAGAGGAGAACUUGUCAGAAAAACUGGUAAUCAGUUGUUGGCUCCAAGAAGACAUCAUAGAGAAUCAGAUGGACAGAAACAAAUCUGAGCCAGGUGUCUCAGCAUCCACAUCACGAAACACAUCGACAGAGUUGGACAGUAAGGAGUCAGACGAGCUCGAGGACAGCGCUGAGUUCCUCUCCACUCACAGUUUUGACUCUGAAAGUUAUUUGUCAGCUGCUGAAUCAGUGGAGGAACCUCAGCAUCUUCUAAUGGAAACCCAACAGUUGCACUGCUCAUUAUCUCUGACAUCUGACAGCCAUCUGUUCAGUCUGACUGAGGAUGCCGACGCUGACCCAAUGCAGGACGGACAAAUUCACUCUGUCGAUGGGACUCUCUCCAGCAAUGCAGCGGCUAAUAACUGGGAAGGUUAUGAAAGCACCAGUGCCGAGAAUUCCCUCGAAUUUCCAUCUGCUGGCCAAAGAGCCACCAAAGUGCCAGAUGCCAUCUCCACAUGUGAUAAUGACACACACAGUGUGAUGCUCUGCAGGCCUUUAAACACACCUGAACCCCAGAAUGACAAAAUGACUCUUUCAGCAUCUGGUAGCUGUGAGGGUGAUCAGCUCGGUCCACUUCCUGUUCCUGAUUUAACUGUAACACCUUGCUCUGAGGCCCACUGCCCUGAAACAUAUGCUAAAGCUGCGGGUCACACUCGGCCUAUUUACGCCAUUUCGGCUUUUUGGAAUGAAAUGGAAAAGCUGACAAUAAAUGACAUUUUGCAGCUGAGGAUGGGCAGAAGUCCAUCACCCAGAGAAACACAAGAAACAGUGACACCAAACGCAGAUGAUUCUCCUACAAAUCACAAUUUACUAGGUGACACCGUGGAGUAUAGUUUGUCUGAUAGCGCUCUCAUGGACACAUCCGACACCGCCGACUCAGACUACUUAACACAUUCUGACGAAUCAAAACCGGAUCGCUCCAGCUGUGACUUUUCCACCUCAGAUUUUGAUGAAGAGUACUGGCAGUUCAUUGGCACCAGUAGGAACCCCAGUCCUGAGCCUCACAGCAAAAACCAGCGAAGGAUGAGUGACUCUCCCUUUCCUUCGCAUGAGGAGGAGUCGACGAGCUCAGAGGGGAGGGAGACUCCUGUGCCUUUAGAGGACUUUGCAGGACAAUGUCUAGACAAUCUAGAGUCUCCCACUUUGAGCAAACUUGCGCUGCCCAGGCGGAUGACAAAAAGCAAAAGCAUGCACAACAUCCAGGCUCUCAACACAGAGGGUUUAUCUUUGUCAUCUUCGCUUGGUGAUGAUGAGAGCAGCCUGCCUCUCAGCACAUCUCUGGAUCAAAACACUGUUUUGAAAGUGAGUGGCAGCCUGGGAGCUCUACUUCCUGCGUCUUUACUAACCAGCACACACUUACUGGGUGCAGAUUACCAAAUAUCCGUCCCAGAGGAGUUUGAAUACUUUUUCACAGAGGACAAAGCGAACGCUGAGUCCCGGUGUGCCACUGUCUAUGAUCCAGAGAACAUCUCAGUGGCUCCUGUCUUCGACUACACUCUUUGUACAUACAGAGAUGAAAUAUCAUCCUCUUCUCUGCAGUGCAGCGAGGACAAACCCAUCCCCAUUUUCUCUUGUUCUCACCCCACUGUCAGAGAGCUCACAUUCCCAAAACCGGACUUUGUUUUCUUGAGUUCAAACUGCGAGGGACUGGAUGAGUUCUCUCCAAUCAGAGUCGUGUCUCAUUCUUUUAUCCACGCCGAUCAACACGGAUCCAGCUGGAAAGGCUUGAUGUCGACAAGGAAGAUUCGCUUCUCCGACAAAGGCAGCAUCUGGUGCAGGAAGUCUGGUGCCUGGAUGUUUCCAGUCCAGGCAGAGAAGAUCUGGAUUAGAAGUGAGGAUCCAGGAGUAACGGUGCUCAGUGAGGGAAGAAUCUGCCCAACUUCUUCUCAGCUCUUCAGAGAGCUAGAAGAGCAGCAGAGGAUUUUAGAUGCCAUACAGACAACAAAACAUGUGGGCAUCUUCUCCACUCUGAAGCAGUCAGACAUGUGUUUGGUCUGCAUUGCUUUUGCCUCCUGGGUGUUAAAAUCCUCCGAUCCAGAGGCUGCUGAUGCCUGGAAAGCAGGAUUACCACAGACCUGACUGUGAACACUGUUGACACCCACUUCAGGGAGACGCUGCCUAAGAUCUCAAGGCUACUUGGUCGUGGUCUUUCUGGCACGUACUCUUCCAAGAUGAGCCGGGAAGUUUAACACUGAUGGAAUGACACCAGGUCUAAGCCGACAAACUUCCAAUUCCUCCUCAACCCAUAGUCUCUGGGAAACCUACAUGGAGUAAGAAAAGUAGACAGAGAAGUAAGUAAGUCUGUACACAACAUAUUAAAAAAGAAAUCAUGCUACUAAAUUAAGUACAAAGAACCGAAUUUGCCAAUAUACUGGAGACCAGAGCUAUUUAAUUUGAUAAGUAUAACCUCGUUUAGUAACAUUUCAAUUAUUUGAGAGCAGUCCUAAAGAACUGCCUGUAAUCCCAAUCAUAAAAUGGGUUUGGAGGAAGAACAUAGAUGGUAAUCUGGAUAUACAUGAGUUAGGCUUCAUAACUACUAUUGGUAGUAUUGGUGGUAGUAAUAGCAAUGUGACUACUACUAGUAGUAAUGGUAGUACAUUAACUGCUGCUGCUGCUGGCACUGCUACUACAACUUGGAAUACUAUUACAAAUGCUGAUACUACUUCUACGACUCUAACAGCUGUUUAUACUACUACUGCUGCUUGUACUUUUAGUAUUACUACUACUGCUUGUAAAACUAUACUAGAGCUACUAUUAAUCGUCUGGUUAGGGCUGGGCGAUAUGGCCUAAAAAAAAAAUCUCAGAUUUUUUCCCAAAAAAUCCCAAUUCACGAUUUAUCCGUUUCUUUUUUACCCCCUACCUAAUCUCCUCACACCGGAGUCCAGUCUACUUUAUGCAAAUGAGCUGCAGCCCACUCCAGGUAAACACAC